AUGUCUGAACGAUCUUGUCCGGUGUCCGGAUCACUGGGUGGUAAAUGUCCCGGCGCGCGAGCGUCAGGAGGCAGAUCUCAGCUUCGCGGACCCCGAGGCUGUUCCUUCUCUGGUUACAGUCAGCCUGGGGACCUACACGCUGCUUUUGACAUCCCACGAGGUGUCGAUGCAGAGGAAUGGCUGAGGUUAAGAGAACGAAAAACCAUCAACGAUGUUCUUUAUUCCAACAUUCCGGCUCCCUCGGUUCUCAAUGCAACCAAGCACAUCGACACCCUGACCGCCAGUGACCACGACCUCCUGGCUGUGGCUCUAGGCGCACCGGCUCGACAAGUUAUCAUCCGCGCCGAAGAAGUUGGCCCGAGGAGCGGUUGGAGAGAUGGCUUCCUCACUGCAGAGUAUGGCUUCGUACCACAUGAUCCCGAUAUGUCGCCCGCAGCCCUCGCCGCGUCACCUGGUCGAAUAUGGUCCGACCUCUGCGAGCGCAUGCCUGGUUGCGUGGCCCGCGGCCGCGUAAGGGAAUCGGUCGCGGCUCUGCCCGUCAUAGAGGCGACUGAGGACAUCAUCCCGGACGAUGCCCUCUGGGCCGCAUGUGUGGUCCUUGGGAUGCUCUGCUCCAUAUAUCGGUACGAGGAGAACAAUGAUGGGAGCGAAGGCGUCAACAUAUCGGUGGCAUCUUCUCGGCCUGUCGUUGAAAUGAGCGAUGAUGUUGUUGAGGAACUUAAAGGUAUUCCGAGGAGUAUCGGUCUCCCGUACUUUCAGGUUUCAAAAAGAUUAGGAAGGGCGAUACCGCAUCUGAGCUUUCCGGAUCAGUCCUCAUACAACAUUAAGCUCCGAGAUCCUCGAUCGGUCUAUCCUUACCGAGAUAGGUUCGACAAUAUCGAUUUGCGAUGGCCAGUGUUUGGGGAGCGAACGGAAAUAGCCUUUCUCAAAGGCUGUGCUGAUACGUCUGCCUCUUUCCAACACGGACCGGACGCUAUCGCCAGCUGUCAGGAACAUGUUAUGAGCCGAAACGUGGAGGGCCUCUUGCGCGAGCUCAUCCGCCUCAAGGAGAUAAUUGAAAGGAUGCCAAACGCCUUUCACUCGAUAUCCCCAAACCCAAGCUCAGGAGAGAACUUUGUUUCUGCUGAGGAGUGGGUGCGCUGGGGACAGUUCUCCAAACCUCUUUCCAAGCGUUGCGCGGCGGCAUCUGGGCUUCAAUUCCCUCCCUACUUGCUCAUGGACGCGUUUCUUGGCCGCAAGAAAUACAGAUCAUUCCUGGGCGCCGAGGGUGUUCAUCUGAGGGCUUGGCAGCCGGCGAACCUGCGAGCCUUCAUUGCUGCUGUUGAAUACCACUACAGCGUCCCCGAGUUUGUGGAGAAGUCGGGUGACCCUCGGCUGAUCGGCGUGCUAGACGGGAUCGUAGAGGCAUACUGUGGUGAACGAGGCUUCAUGGGGGUGCACCGCUACAAGGUCUAUGGGAUCUUGGAAGUUGCAGCCAAAACUGGUCGAAGCGAGACAAAUGGCGCAUCUGGAGCAGCAGAUGGGCUCAAGCCUUGGGAAGAGACACACAAACAGUUUUCAGAGGCAAUGAAAGAGAGACUGGAGCCAUACCGUGGCGACAUCCCUGAACCCAAUCAGAUGCGCGGGACAUUUGAAGAGUGCAGAUACCGGGCCAAAAUUCUGAGCAGGGCCUCAGUGGACAAUGACCCGAAUAGAACCAUAGCAGGCGUGACUUUGGAUAUACAAAACACAGGUAUCACUUUCCAGCCUGGCGACAGGCUGGCUGUUAUGCCACUCAACAGCUGGGAAGAGUGCGCAAAGGUUGCCGCUGCUCUGGGACUAGACGAGACCUUGCUGGAGGCCCCGGUCGAGCUGAACCAGAAAUGGACGAGGUUCUUGGGCCAUUUGAAAUCGGUUUCACGGGCCACGUCUACUGCGGUGCCAGAGCUGACUGUCAAGGACAUUCUGAGACGUGGUCAUUUGGCGCCAUUGACAAAGGAGCUGGUCUUGAAAGUCCAUGCAAUGCUCCGUGCAUCAUCGACCACAGUAUUACAGGUCCUAGCAACUGACGAAUGGCCCGUAAGGGGGAGUCUGGGCGACCUCUUGCAGGCAGCAGUCCUCGAGACCCCAGAGCUGGUCUGGGACCAGGCAUUUGACCUCCAGGGCGACUUUGCAUGGCUGGGUGAUCUGGUGCCCGUCGAAGUCCCGAGAACCUACUCCAUCUCCAACUACCCCGACGAGCUUCUUCCCAGCACGGUCGACCUGACGAUAUCCCGUUCCGAGUAUCUGUUGUCUUCAAUCUUUGCCAACAACGACCGCAUAACCCGGGCAGGUGUGAGCAGUGGCUUCCUGAACCCCAUGGUGUCGUCCCACGACGAAAUGCUCCUCCCGAUCGACGAGGACGUGCUGGUUGGGGUUUCAAGGCCCAUAGCUUUCCAGCUCCCUCUAGACGGUGCGGCCCCCUGUGCCUUCUUCGCCGGUGGUAGUGGUAUCGCACCGUUCAGAAGCUUCUGGCAGGCAAGGGUAGGCGGCUCGGUCGGGCGCAACAUUCUUUAUUUGGGCAUCCAAUCGCGGGAGAAGUUCUGUUACGAGAACGAGCUCCGGCAGUAUGUCGCCAAUGGGCAGAUGGAGGUUCACCUCGCGUUCUCCCGCGACUCCAGGGGUCUGGCCUACGACCCUCAGGCUCGAGACCUUGUCGAGAAGAAAAUGCCUCCGCGUUAUAUCAACGACCUGAUCAUAGAGGAGGGCUCAACCGUGUGCGACUUGGUUAUGAGCAAGAAACAGGGUGGCCUGGGCGGAUACCUCUACGUCUGUGGCUCUGUUUCCGUAUUCGAGUCGGUGAUGAGUGGUAUUAAAAAGGCCAUCUACUAUCACAGGACGGCCACCAUGGAAAGCGCAGACGUCAUUGUGAACACAGCCUUUGCUGAGCGUCGAUUCAUGCUUGAUGUUUUCAUGACUCCAAAGCCACUGCCUUGUGACCAACCUACCAUACCUCUCUCGCAACUUGCUCUCAAUACCGGUCAUCGCCCCGGACAGAGGAUGUGGAUUGGUGUACACGGGUCUGUAUACGACGUGACAGACUUUUGUCCCAUGCACCCUGGUGGUACCCUGAUUAUCAGGUCAAACGCCGGCGUGGAUUGCUCCAAAUCAUUUGAUUCUCUUGGUCAUACCAACAAUCCCGAGGUCAGCAGCCUGUUGACCAAGUACUUCGUCGGCCACUUGACCCCGAGGCCCGAAUUUCAGGGCAACGACGACAUUGGGAGCCUUUACGACCUUUGGGCCGCCUAUCUACGGACGAGCGUGGAGACUCUGGUGGCUCAGAGCUUCGAGAUGAACAUCAUGGUUGGUGAGAAGCAGGACUCCCCCAUCGAUCCAACCAUGGUGUGGAGUCAAGGCAGCCUUUUCAGCAUGAAAGGUGUGCGUAUGUUCUACAAGUACCAGUCUCGCCUGCUGCAGAAUGGUUUUUCGGCACUUUUUGGUCCCAAGUUUCAGGAGCUGGUUCUCAAGUUGUCAUUCAGUCUCGCCAAUUCCUCCUCCGCCGGACCCAUGCCACGCCUGCCGGACGUCUUGGGAGUCAUUGCGCGAGCAAAAACCUCGGAAGAUGCCGUAGCCACAAGCAAGGAACUAUCUGCCAUCGGUCACUUCAUCAAUGAUAGCGAAGGGGCGAGGUUCCACGAACAAGGCAUCAUCAGCUACGCCACACAGGCCAUUGAGCUGGACGUAAGCCUGCUCGAGGACAUCCGUCGUGAAGCCUGCCACGGUUUUGAUGCCUUUGGAGCCUUGUCGACACUGCAAGGCACCACCUCGGAAGCCGAGACUGCCGUGGCACUCUCCACUUUCCUGAUGCAGGUCCUCGAAAGGAUGGCCAAGCGGCUAGAGAUGUUUUACGAAAAACUUUCCAAGUUGUCCGUCUACAAACCCGAGAUCGAACAGAACCCGGCCCGCACCCGCUGGCAUCUCGUCCGCCAGCGCAUCAGCGACGGGAGCUUCUUUGUGCUCACGCAGGAAAUGUCGGUUACUGCGGCGACGCAACUGUUCCAACCCCGGGGCCAACCGACCGUCGACUUUGACCAAAUAAUCAGCCAGGUCCGCCAUACUCUCAACAUCAAAAGCGCCACGCACCAUACACAGCCACAGCAGCAGCAGCAUCAUCAUCAUCAUCAUCAUCAGAAACAAAUCACGACCCCAGCAACCACCCCACCGCUGAUGCAGACGCCAACACUCAACUCUAUGCAUCAAUCCCGCUCGCAGGCGCCUACCGACGGCGCAUCAGCAUUUGAGAGCUACGAGAACAGGAACGCGCUCAACCGCAUGUCAACCUUUAUGGACCGCAAUAUGCGUGCAAUCCGCCGCCUUUCCCGCGUUCCUGUCAUCCCCUCACAUGUUCACAUCUCGAAGCAGCAGCCGCAUCUCCACAAUCUUCAUAACGAAAUCCCGCUAGAUACACCACCGCGCAGCCGUAGUCCGAGCCGGGCGAGGAUUGGCUCUCCGGUGCAGCUCGUCUGUUCCCCGGAUCUGGCGUACGCCAGCGCCCUCCUGGCCGAGCCGAGGUUGUUGGCCACCAACCAGGGGCGGAACCAGCAGACCGGGCUGGCUAUCUCCGGAGGCAAACCGCAGCUGCCGCCGCUGGUCACUGGAGCGUCAGCCAUGACGGCGCUGAUGGGCAAGAUGAAUGUGAGGGGCAGGUCGCCUGUGAGCUCAGGGGCGGGCAGUACCCAUUCACGACAGCUAUCUGCCGGUGCGGUCAGUUUGCAUGGUAGAAGCCCAGGUGGCAGGACUGGCAGGUCAAGAACGGCAGCGAGCAUGAGUGGAGGUUCGUUGAGGACAUUCAAGUUGGCUAGGUCUCAAAGUGUACAGCCCACAUUCUGA